AUGUGGAAGCACGCUUAUAAUCCGAUUGAAAGACGCGAAAGUCUUUGGCACCUGGAAGCGACUCGAGAGAGGCGGGCCUGCAUUUUUACUAAUAAAAGGAGUGCAUACAGUAGAUCUAACUCUAACAGCAGCCGAUCGGCACGUCCUCGCCCCCGUGCUCACCGACGACGGCCGCUGCCCCGCCCCGACCGAUUGUGCCGUGACCGCCGCCCUCCUCUUCUCCUGCGCCCUCUCCUCCUUAGUCCUUCCUCCUCACCUUCACCGACAGCGCGGUUCCACGACCCCGCGACCCGCCACGUCCGUUAUGGCUUCGUCACCGUUCGCGGCCUCCUAGUCAUCGACGGCCACGGGCCACUUCCUCCCGGCCUCGCCACCCGCCACCGCCUCAAGCCCGUCGACUUCGUGCACGCCUUCGCGAAGCCAUUUCAUUGGCGGACGCCAUUGGCCAUCCGACGCAGCCAUCGGGCUUUGCUUCAUGUUGCUCUUCCGCCCUCCGCCCGAUUCCUUCGAUCAAUUUUCGCGAAAGAGCAAAGUCACUCCAACUGUUUCCUCCCCUUCCUCCGCCGCCGCCGCCGCCGCGGCUUUAGAUGUUAUAUUUCGGCUAUGAUCUCCGCUUCCUCUUCCUCCUCGACCACCGACGCCCCGCGAAACCACAAAUCCACCGCCGCCGCCAGGCCGAACCAGAAUAAUAAUGCUGCCGCCGCGCUCGUCGUUCCUUCGCCUUCCGUUCUCUCCCCGUCGCAGUCCUCCUCCUCCAGCGUCUCCUCCCACCGCCCCUCCUCCUCCUCAUCGGGCGGCGGAGGAGGAAGCGGCGGCGCCAGCCAGGCCUGCGCCGUCUGCAAGUUCCAGCGACGGAGAUGCAGGCCCGAAUGCCUCCUCGCGCCGUUCUUCCCGGCGAAGGACGCCGCCAAGUUCCAGAACGCCCACCGCCUGUUCGGCGUCAGUAACAUCCAGAAGAUCGUCCGCCCGCUCGAUCCCCUCCAGCGCGCCGUCGCCAUGGAGACCAUCAUCUACGAGUCCGACAUGCGCGCCGCCGACCCCGUAUCCGGCUGCCUCGGCGUCGUCCACCAGCUCCAGUGCCAGAUACGCCAUGACUUCGCCGAGCUCGAGUUCGUCCUCAAUAAGCUCAACGCCUGCCGCGCCGCCGCCACCGCCGCCUCCCAGCAACAGAGGCAGGUACCGGCCGCCAUCGCCCUUCAGGCCGCCGGUGUCAUCGCCGAUCAAGACGAACUGAACGGCAUCUUUGCCCCUUCGGCGAUGAUCCACCAUCCACAGCAAGCCGAUCACGAUCAGUUCAGCAAUAAUUACUUCUGCUACGACGACGACGACAAGGAACAGAGCGUGCUGGUUCCCAACUCCGGCAUCAACGCCGCCAAUUAUAACGACGACGUCAUCAAUGAACACCAGAAAUACUUGACCCUGCAGCCUUUUCAGAACCAUCAGGGCAUCGUCGAGGGGGACGCCAUCAUCGACAAUCAGGCUGCGGCUUUGAUCGCCGACGACGAUAACGAAUUAGCUCUACCAGACGGCGGCGGAAUGUUCGGUUCUAUGCGUAUGCGUUGCAGCUUACAAGUAGAUCAAUUGAGGGGCGGGCAAAACCCAGUGGAAUACGUGCAGGUGCAGGGGCAGGAGCACGAUCUGAAGGGCGCUGCCUCUUUGUUUACCCUCACCAACUACAACAACACUUGAUUUUUCUUCUUUUCCAUUCUUA